AUGAAAGGUUUAGGAGUUUUUCUAAUAGGAAUUUACAUUGCAAUUUAUGGAAUUGCUUUAUUGACAGACCCAUGGACAUAAUUACAUUAUGAUAGAUCAAUUCGUUAAUUAGGAAUGAAAAACCUAUAAUAAUUUGUUGCUUUAGCUUUGAAAGUAAGAUCUUUAUAUGGAUUUGCUCAUAUAUUUGCAGGAUAUUGUUUAAUGAAUAAGUAUAUUUAAUAAUAAUUAUUUAGAAUAUCAUCUAUGAAAUUAAUUAUAAGUUGUAUAUUUGCAAUUGAUAUUAUAAUACAAAUUGGGUUUUAAUCAAUUCAUUAAAUAUUUUAAGAUGUAAUUUUAAUUGGAAUAGUCAAUUAUGUUUGA